AUGCCGGUGAUCUCUAAGCAAGAUAAACAACGCAAAGAAGAAGAGGAAUUUCGGAUUAAGCUGUCGAUUGUAUUCUAUGAACUUGCUUUCCACUUCAAUCCCCAUUAUUGUGUAGAGGCAUGCAAUAAUCUUGGAGUUAUAUAUAAAGAUAGAGACAAUCUUAAUAAAGCAGUAGAGUGUUAUCAGGUACCCAUUAUGGUGAUAGUAUGA